AUGUCGAUCAGAAAAAGUAGUCCAACUUUGACAUCCCGAACACUACGCUCGACCUCUUCAUUAAGAACCACCACCAGCCCCGGCAUGGGAUCCGGAGCGAACUCUAUCAUAUUAAAUAACAAUAUUACUAAACUGUUCAACCACGUAACGCAAUAUGCGACUGGCUUGACAGCAGUUGCUGCAAGCUUAAAUAACUUGAACCCUAUGAGUAUAGCUGAAGCGGCCGUAAAAGAGGCUUCUGCUCUGUAUCUGGAAGAUACGACUGGCAAGAAAACGGUCGAAGACGCUCUCCGCGACGCCAAACAAGGGCAAGCUCCAACCUGA